AAUGUUUCCGGUUUUCUUCCUCAUUGUUUAGCGGAUGGACGUAAAGACGUUACACGUUCCUCUGUGUGAUUGUAUUCGAAAGAUAUUCACUUCAACGCCCGAGUCGCCUUUUUAUUUGGGCUGCCCGUCCGUCAAACAGAAGCUGCGAUGAACUAUUCUGACGAUGACUCUGAUGGAUAUUCAUCGAGUGAAGAUGCAGAUUACGCCCCGUCAGAUGAUAAUGUCAGCGAGGAUGAUAUUAAUGAGUGUGAAAAGGAAGAGCCUUCAGAUGAAAGUGACGGUGUGCCACAUCCUGACAAUGUGACCAAGAGGAGUGUUAAGAAAAACGGCAGCAGUUUGAGAAAGAGGCCAAAACGAGUGCUAAAAGUAGACGGAGAGGAGAAGAAUGGAGGUGGUACUGAAGAGGCUCGGCCACUGCAGGAAGAUGUGGAAAAACUGACACAAAUACAGAAUGAUGAUGAAGCUACACAAAAGAAACAAUCAGAUGACCUCUGGGCUCGUUUCUUGUCUGAUGUUGCCCCCAGACCCAAAGCAUCGAUGGGUGCUUCGCCAACUCACACCACACCGGAGGCUCAUUCUUUGGCUUCUAGUGUUUGUAUGAGAACUGAAUCACAGGAAUCAGAUCCAGCCAAAGUCACCAUAGUUAAAGUUUUUGAUUUUGCUGGAGAAGAAAUCAGGGUCAAUAAAGAAGUAUUAGCAGACUCCAAAGAAGCAAAAAUACAUCUAAAGAGCCAAUGUACAAAAGAGAAGAUGGGUGAAAAAAAACCCACAUCUCCCAGCCAAUCAACGUGUCCUGGCCCCAGUGUCAGCAGUUCCAAGCGGCCAGCAGGGAUGUCCGGUUUACUGAGUCGUAUUGGUGGAAAGAAACAAAGAAUUAGCACACUGGAGAAGUCAAAGAUGGACUGGGAUGCUUUUAAAUACGAGGAGGGCAUCACUGAGGAGCUGGCAAUCCACAACAGGGGUAGAGAUGGGUAUGUGGAGCGGAAGAAUUUCUUGGAGCGUGUUGAUCACAGACAGUUUGAGAUGGAGAAAGAAGUGCGUCUAAAAAACAUGAAACAUUCGUCUUAGCCAUGGGACGACAAUUUCCCCUGUAAAGCGAGCUAUGGCUCAAGUAUACUUGGUUAUUCGAAUGUUAAUUGUCUGAGUUUGUAAUAGUGCGAUGUUAAGUCCAAGUUUUUCUCUCUACUCUACAGUCUUUAGUCGGUGAAGGUGAAAGCCUUUUUUUGUCAGUAAAUGUAAUCUGGUUUGUGGCAAUGGAAAAUCUGGGAGCACAGUAUCAAGUCAACGCUUCUAUUUUUAUGCUUUAAUUCAUUGUUUGUCGUGAUUAUAAGUGUGUCUGGGAUAAUGGUGACUAUUUCGUCAAAUCUAAACUUCCACUGUUCCCUCCACCUCCUAAAAUUGUGAGUACAGCAGCACGUGUGUCCAAUUUUUAAUAACCCUGAUAUUAUUUGUUAAACAGAUUUAGCCAUUUGAGUCCCUAACCCUAACCAUAAACCCAGAACACCAGCCAUCUAACCCCUAAAAUUGUAUGCCAUUUUCACUCCACACAGAAUAUAUCCUCCUAACACACAAAUAUCACAAACCAAAUUACUUUUGUGUGAGGAAUUACAUUUAUUUGUAUGUCAUUCUCAUCACCGCAUUAUAGUUUGUGGUAGAGUUUGGCUUGUUGUUUAUGUUGAAUUGCAUUGUGUUUUUAUUAAAAGAUUUGGAGGUGUGUUGACAAUAAAAGCCAUUGUCACUUA